UUCACUUCCUUGUGUACAUGCUGUUUGUUGACGGACAAUACAGCCGUGAGGUUCAUUGCUGUCGCUGGUCUUUGGAAUGGCGCCCCACUGGAGUACGAUUUGGCUGGUGUGUUUUGGACUGACGACUGUCAUAAUAGAGGCAAGACGCACACGGCAACAUGUACAAGGCCGUGAUUUCGACUGUCACUGUCAGGACAAACCCUGUCACUCCCCGAUGGACUGUACAGGAAAUUGUGACCCAGGCUGGUAUGGAAGCUACUGUCAAAAACAAAAUGUGGCGCUAAAUCGCACUGCGACACAAAAAGGUAUUUACCAGACUUACCAUGCUUAUAAGGCUGUGGACGGCAACACCACUACAGACUUCAACUCCGGGACAUGCUCACAUGCUGCAGAAGGGGAACAAAACAGGAACUCUUGGUGGAAUGUAGCACUGUCAACAGACCACCAGAUAAAAUAUAUCACAAUCUACAAUCGGAAAGACGAUGUCAACAAGGACAGAAGGAAGGGAAUGGAAGUUCUGGUAGACGGGACGCUAUGUUUCCAAUGGCCUAAGGACAGUUUCCCUCGUACCAUCUGGCAUGUUACCUGUAACAAAACUCUGACAGGAAGAAAUGUCACCAUUACAAUCCUUGCAGACUCCCUCAGCCUCUGUGAAGUGCAGGUGUUUGUCUGUAGUGACUUCUGGUUCGGAAAAGACUGCGAAAAGCAGUGCAACUGUUUAAACGAGUCUGAGAUUUGUGACAAAGGGGUAGGUCAGUGUGGAAGUGGAUGUCCAAAAGGAUUUAAUGGAACAGACUGUCUUCAAGAGUGUGUGAAUGGAACCUAUGGCCUCAACUGCUCUCACAAGUGUGGACAUUGCCUGAACAACACCUUCUGUGACAGAACUAACGGCACAUGUCUCCAAGGCUGUGACGAUGGGUGGACCGAACCUGCUUGUGACAAGGCUUGCGAUGGCCAAUAUGGUAAGAACUGUGCAUCGAAAUGUGGACACUGUAACGGAACUAACUGCAACCACGUGGACGGCAGCUGCCCAAUGGGCUGUCAACCAGGUUGGAAUGGAACGACGUGUGAAAUGCGGCUUCAAGUAGACGGAAGCUCUCUGUUUGGGAGGACCAAUCUAGCAGUUGGGUUGGUCUUGCCUUUAGUCAUCAUCUUCGUUGUUGUUGCUGUUGGUGUUGCUGUUGCUGUGAUAUGGCUGAAAAGGAGAUCUGACAAGUCACCAAAGGCAUCGCACACACCCAAAUAUGUUCCCGGUCAGUUGUUCAAUGUUGAGGAUGAGGACGAGGCGUUCUCUGUCGAGGUAGAAUGUGACGUCCCUGAAGAUGAUGAUGCAACCUACUGCAACUGGAUCUCCCCCUAUGUCGUGCUGGAGAAACUGGCCCAGUACAUACAAAGGAAACAGGAAGACAAAACUGCCUUUGAGAAUGAAUACAAGAUGCUUCCAUACGGGAUCAGAGGGAAAGUUGAAGAAGGAAAAAGCCCGAAAACAAACCGAAAAAUAGAUUUGCUGCUUUAUACCCAUAUGAUGACUCGAGAGUGAUUCUUGAAAGAAGUGGAAAUGCUACAUCCGCGUAUAUCAACGCCAGCUAUAUACCGGGUUUCCCUGAUGGUUCUAAAUACAUCGCCACACAAGGUCCCACACCAGCAACAGUGGGCGACUUCUGGACAAUGGUUUGGCAGCAGCGGGUUAGCAAAAUAGUCAUGGUGACACAGCUGAAGGAGAUGCAGAAGGUGAAGUGCGAGCAGUACUGGCCUGAGAAGAACAAAAGCAAAAAAUGCGGUGACCUUACUAUCGGACUUGAAACCGAGGUGACAAGAACUGACUACACGAUCAGGAAACUGACCGUAAACAAUGCCAAGGGAUCAGAGACGAGAAGGGUCUCCCACUUCCAGUUCCUCACCUGGCCAGACCAUGGUGUCCCAUCAGCUCCUGCUCUGGUCAGCUUUGGAAGAGAGUCAAACAACUGGAC